AUGCUCUUUUGCAAAACUAAACUUUUCAAUUUUAUUAAUUCUACAAGAUUUUUUACUCAACCAAUUCAACAAUUAAUUUAUCGAGAACAUGGGAAUCCUGCUGAAGUAUUUGUUUUGUUUUUCUUUUCUAAUUUUAUUUUGAAGGUUUUGACUUUAUCCAAUAAGGAAUUGGAAUUUGACAAACUCGAAAGACAACAAGUUUUGGUUAAAUGGUUGGCUGCACCUAUAAAUCCUGCAGAUAUUAAUCAAGUACAAGGAGUUUAUCCAAUUAAGCCAAAUCUUCCUGCAGUUGGAGGAAAUGAAGGAUGCGCUCAAGUUAUCAGGGUGGGAAGCGACGUCGCUGAGUUCAAAGAAAAUGACCUUAUAGUCCCAGCAAUUUCUGGUAUUGGAACUUGGUGUUCUCACGGAAUUUAUGAUUCUAAAGAACUUUUUUUGGUUGAGGGAGAUGUUAAGGAUUUUAUAUUUUUGUCAAUGUUACAGGUAAAUCCUUCAACUGCUUAUAGAAUGCUUAAAGAUUUUGUGAAUUUAUCUUAUGGUGAUAUAGUUGUUCAAAAUGGGGCGAAUUCUUCUGUUGGUCAUUUUGUAAUUCAGAUUUGUCGUAUAUUGGGAGUGAAGACUGUAAAUGUUGUUAGAGACCGGCCACAAAUUGAAAUAUUAAAAAAUCAACUGAAAAAAGCUGGAGCAGAUGAAGUUUAUACAGAAGAAGAGUUUUCUACUUUAAUUCGUUCCAACAAACUCAACGCAAAAUUGGCUUUAAAUUGUGUUGGAGGAAAGAGUGGAAUGAUUUUGAGCCGUGCUCUCGAGCUUGGAGGUACCAUGGUGACGUAUGGAGGAAUGUCUCAAAAUCCAGUAAAUGUUACAACCUCUUCCUUAAUUUUUUCAAAUACAAAGUCUGUUGGGUUUUGGAUGACUAGAUGGUAUGAAAUGAGGCAAAAUAUUGAGGAAAGGAAGAAUAUGUAUAAAGAAUUAAUUGGUUGGUAUAAAAAUGGAGAAUUGACACUUCCAAAAUAUCAAAGAAAAAAUUUGGAGGAAUAUAAGGAUGCAAUAAAUCAAUCAACUCAAUCAGACCCGUCGUCGAUUAAGUCAAAACAGAUUUUUACGAAGAAAGGGAAUCACCAUUAUUUUGAUUAA